AUGCCGUUCAUGGAUCAGCCAGAGACCAACGGCAAUGGCCAUUUGAUGGAGCCCAAGGAGCUCUGGAGGCCGUCGAACCCUGAGUCGACGCAGAUUUAUCAAUUCAAGAACCGCAUAAUCCAGAAACACGGCCUUUCGCUGCAGGACUAUCACGAUUUGCGGGAAUGGAGCAUUCGCAGUCCCGCCCUCUUCUGGGAGGAGAUAUGGCAUUACACCGGCAUCAAGGCGCACAAGACCUAUGACAGCGUAUUCGAUGAGAACGCUCCUCUGUUUCCCCGUCCGUCCUUCUUUCCAGGCUCGUUGCUCAAUUUCGCAGAGAACUUGCUCUUCCCUGCCUGCAAUCCGAAUGAGGACGAGAUUGCUGUCAUAGCUGCUACAGAGUCCACCCGCGAGAGCAUCUCGUGGAAGAGCCUCCGAGAGCGAGUUCGUGUCUGCGCACUUGCUUUGGAAACAGUUGGUGUUACAGAGGGAGACCGUGUUGCAGGAUUUGUAGGCAAUCAUGCUAAUACCCUGAUUGCCAUGUUGGCGGUCACUUCGCUUGGCGCAUUGUGGAGUGGUGUCUCGACCGAUACUGGUGUGCAUGCGGUCUUGGAGAGAUUGCGGCAGAUUGAACCCAAAGUGCUCUUCGUGGAUAACGGAGCUGCGUACAAUGGCAAAGUUCACCCAACUCAGUCAAAGGUGGCCGAGGUUACAGCCAACUUGGAAUGUCUGGACCUGGCCAUCGUUAUCAAUGCCGUCAAGGACUACCCAUUUGACAUUUCGGCCGUUAGGCCUCCAAAGGGGAAGAGUGUGACACUGCAGGACUUCCUCUCUUCUGCGCAGGCCAUGUCGAAGCCAUUGGACUUCAAGUAUCUGCCGCCAGACCAUCCCGUGUACAUCCUAUAUUCCUCAGGCACAACUGGCGCCCCCAAGCCCAUCGUCCACGGAGCUCUCGGCACUUUGAUACAGCAUAAGAAAGAGCACGUUCUUCACUGUGAUAUGCGCCCUGGUGAUCGCAUGUUCUACUUCACAACCACGACAUGGAUGAUGUGGCACUGGCUUGUUUCCGGCCUCGCCAGCGGAACCAGCAUAGUUCUCUACGAUGGAUCUCCGUUCCGUCCUCUUGACCCUGAAAACGGCAAGGGAGACAUGGCAAUGCCCCGUCUGAUUGACGAACUCCAGAUCACCCACUUUGGAACUUCCGCCAAAUACCUAUCAGUACUGGAGCAGAACUCUCUGAACCCCAGAGAACACCCCUUUAAACCCGUCACUCUCAAGAGCCUGAGAGCCAUAUUUAGCACCGGGUCUUCCCUUGCCCCAUCAACAUUCGACUAUGUCUAUUCCUCGAUUCACCCAGACGUAAUGCUAGGCUCCAUCACCGGAGGAACAGACAUCAUUUCCCUUUUUGGUGCCUGUUGCCCCAUUCUGCCCGUUCACCGGGGUGAAAUUCAAUGCUGUGGCCUCGGAAUGGCGGUUUCUGUCUUCGACUACGCCGGAAACGACAUCGGUGCCUCCGACGAUGCUGGAGACCUUGUCUGUCUUAAGGCUUUCCCUUCACAGCCAGUCAUGUUCUGGCCUCCUGGUCCUGUUGGUGCCGAGAAAUACCGAUCCAGCUACUUUGAAACCUUUGGUCCGAAAGUCUGGCACCACGGAGACUUCGUCCGCAUAAACCCCGAGACCGGUGGGUUGGCCAUGCUAGGACGCAGUGACGGGGUGCUGAAGCCUGCCGGCGUCCGUUUCGGAAGCGCAGAGAUAUAUAAUGUUAUUCUUAAGCAUUUCGCAGACGAGAUCGAAGAUUCUCUCUGCAUCGGCCGGAGACGUGAAGGAAUCGAAACUGACGAAACAGUAGUAUUAUUCGUGAAAUUAAUGGGCUCAACCCCAGCCUCCUCGGGCACAUCAACGCCUAUUGUCCUCGAAGAGCCAAAGAGCCUCUCACAGGAUCUUAUCACUCGCAUACAAGCCGCCAUUCGCAAGGAACUGAGCGCUAGGCAUGUCCCGGCGAUAGUAGAUUCUUGUCCCGAGAUACCCGUCACAUCCAACGGUAAAAAGGUCGAGAAUGCAGUGAAGCAGAUUCUGUGCGGGCUCAACAUCAAGACAGGCGCCAGUGUUGCCAACGCCGCCUGUUUGGACUGGUACCGCAAAUGGUCUAAUGAGCACUAG